AUGGACAAGCUCAUCACAGUCACCCCUCCCGACAAGGUAACAGACGAAUACAAAGUGGAAGCCAAAACAUGGACCAAAUGGGAUUCUAAAAACAAGAAAAAAUUUCCCUACAACUACACCGCAGAAGAGCAAGUUCUCAUCCUCGACGGCAGUGCUGAACUCACUCCCGAUGAUGGUUCUCCGCCAGUCGUCAUCGAAUCGUACUUCUUAGAGGAGGGCGAGCAAGAUAUUUGCCCGAAAUGUUAUGAAAAGGAGGAAGGUAAGAAGUACGCGGGUGCCGAGCAUCAGAAGGAGGGCGAAAAGUGGGUUGAGCCGCCAAAGAAGAAAGGGAAGAAGGCUCCCCAAGGGAAGAAGGCUCCCCCUAAAAAGAAACAGAAAAUUGCCACCAAAUAA